AUGACUGGAGCACUGCUGUCCUCUCGAUCUCUCUAUAUUGGCAUGGAGGUGGCGAUCGCGGUGGCGUCCGUGGUUGGCAACGUUAUGGUGGUGUGGGCAGUGAGGAUCAACAAAUCUUUACGGGACACCACCUUUUGUUUCAUCGUUUCACUGGCGCUGGCUGACAUUGCUGUGGGAGCGCUGGUCAUUCCUCUGGCUAUCACCAUCAGCAUCGGGCUGCAGACGCACUUCUACAGCUGCCUGCUGGUCGCCUGCACAGUUCUGGUACUCACGCAAAGUUCCAUCCUGGCACUCCUCGCCAUCGCCAUUGACAGAUACCUGAGAGUCAAAAUCCCCACCAGGUAUAAGAGGGUGGUGACACCCCGGCGAGCAGGUGCAGCUGUGGUGCUUUGCUGGACAGUAGCUUUUGUGGUGGGCCUCACACCCAUGCUUGGCUGGAACAACCUUGGUCAUCUCCAGCAGAACGGCUCCAUCAGUUCAGACCUGGUCAUUACAUGCCAGUUCGAGAAUGUCAUCAGCAUGGACUACAUGGUCUACUUCAACUUUUUUGGAUGGGUGCUGCCGCCCCUUGUGCUCAUGCUGCUUAUCUACGCUGAGAUCUUCUACAUGAUCCACAAGCAGCUUAACAGCAAAAAGUUGACCGGCAGCCACACCGACCCCAACAAGUACUAUGACAAGGAGCUCAAUCUGGCCAAAUCCUUGGCACUGGUCUUAUUUCUCUUUGCCGUCAGCUGGCUGCCCUUACACAUCAUAAAUUGUGUGACGCUCUUCUGCCCUGAGUGCCAGAAACCCAUUGCCCUCCUGUACAUCGCCAUUCUACUCACCCACGGCAACUCUGCUGUCAACCCCAUUGUCUAUGCCUUCCGCAUCAAGAAAUUCCGCACGGCAUUCCACAAGAUCUGGCACCAGUACUUUUGCUGCAAAGACAUGCCGGCUCUGGAGAUCCAGCCCAGUGACAGGAAAUGGCACAGUGUCAAUCCUGAGCCGGAGCGAGCAUCACCCCCAGGGCCUCCGCAGGAGGAAACUCCAAUGCCCGACACUUUGCACCCUCCGAAUCAGCCAAACGAACCUCUGCAGCUGAAAGAACACCCGCCCUUAUCGGAGCAGAAUUCCGUUUAG